UGUAAAUGGUGAGCAAGCAGUUUAAUUUUGGAAACAAGGUACUUCCAAUAGUUUCUUGUAUUAACUGAUCAAAGAAAAUGGCCCUGAUUUUAAAGCGGACAUUAUUAGGAUAUCGAUGGCUUUUCGACGAAAUCGGGGAUUCGAGACCUCUAGAGCAGAAUUUGUUUCUGAUGUCAUCGCCACUACAACCCCUGGCCGUGAUUCUGACAUACUUGUAUUUUAUUUAUCGUUUAGGUCCUCGACUUAUGCAAAAUCGGCAACCUUUUGAACUUAAAGGCAUAUUGAUUGCGUACAACUUAACGCAAAUAGUAGUAAACGCGUUUAUAGUAUACGUGGCAUUUAAGGAAGUAUGGUUUAACAUAAAUUGGCAUUGCGAAAAGAUAGGCUAUGGGCGUGAUCCCCACUCGAUAUACAUUUUAAAAAUGUAUCAUCUGUUCCUUAUGACUAAACUUGCUGAUUUGUUGGAAACGGUAUUCUUUGUACUAAGAAAACGCCAGAGGCAAAUUACAUUCUUACACGUCUACCAUCAUUUCGGCAUGUUCUUGAUAAUCUGGAUAACAGUAAGAUUCGUUGCUGGAGGCUACAACACUUGGGUAGGAUUGAUUAAUUCAGCAGUACAUACUAUAAUGUAUACGUACUAUUUCUUAUCCUCUUUGGAUGAAAAAUGGAAGCAAAAUGUAACAUUUAAAAAAUUUAUAACCCAAAUACAGUUGGUACAGUUUUCAUUUUUUAUAUUCCUCUUUGGAAGGCAGCUGUUCGUCGAAUGUGGAUAUCCAAAACUUUUAAGCAUAUUCUUUGUACCUCAAAACUUCUUCAUGUUGGUAUUAUUUUCGGACUUCUAUAGACGAGCCUACUUAAAAAAGCCUGUAGCCUCAGAAAAACACGGUUAGAUAAUGCCGUCAGAAGAGGCUUUGUUUUAGAAGUUCUUAAAUUUUCCCUAAGUUAAGAAUUUAAAUGUAUAUACAAUUAUUGUUACGAUAAAAUAAAAUAUAAACUCUUAGCUAUGAA